AAGGAUGUUUUCAGUGUUGUUGGUGAUCGCGUUGCUAUCUCCAAGCAUAUCUUGGGGAGCUGACAGCCCCACUUGUGAAGAUAUUCUGUCACCAUCGGUUGAUGCAUCAAUCUGUGAUGACAUUAGGUCGGCGGUCUUUAUCUUUCGUUAUGCCAUCCGUGAUAUUGACGCCAAGGUAGGGACUACGUUCAUAUAAUGAUUGAAAGAAGAGGCUCCACAAUGAUUAUACACAAUUCACUUCUAGUUCUGUGAUAGAAGUUUAUUCUUGCAAUAAGCAAUUGUCUGAUAAAAUUUCUUUGUCAGUCAUAUUUGAGAAGAACGCUUUCGGUUUAAUCCCACCAAACACCGCUGGUGUUCUUCAGAGACUAAAGUUUCCUCUUCUAGUGGGCCAAUACGAGAUGAAGGCUGAAGCCUUGACCAGGGACCUCUAGGGAGAACGGUUAGACUUGGUAGAGAACUAACAUAGCGCUCAAUUUUCAGGUAAAAGAGACGGUGCUUACAUCGUUGAAGGAAGCACAAAAAAUUCUGGACUCGACCGUAUCUACAACAAUUGAUGAUGUAAGAGGAAUGUUCUCGGGUACAAGACGAAAACGAAGCACUACAGGUCAGUUUCAUAGUCUGCAAGAAACGACAAUUAAACAACUGAGGAGACAUUGCUUAGUGCGUCUUUCAUUAUUGCCAUCAGGGUAUGAUUCCUGCGAUAUAUGCUAUUGUCUGGUUAUAAUCGCUUCUGUUGAAUGUGAAAAGACUAGGUUUCUGCGAGUUCUUUGUUUUUUCUUGUGUUCGAAAUGGUCCUAUUCUGGAACUAUAGGAAGAACAGUUUAGAAGUGAUAAAGCUACAUCCAGUAUAUAUAAAUAUGCUGAUAUAAGCUACCCAGUUACUUUAGACUCCACGAGUGCACGAAGUCAGUUAACCCCCUGUAGAGGAGAAAAACCCGAAAGCACUUGGUACAUUAUACAAUCUUUAUUCUAGAUAUGCAAAGUGAAGUCCGUGCUCUUGCCGAACAAGCUGCCAAGAACAUUGACGCGGCGGUCAUUACAGCAGAGACGAAAAUUCGUUCAUCUAUCACACUAGCUGUGCUUAAUGCCGAUAUUCAAAAUGAAAAAAUAAAGACCGAGGCAUUAAGCUUACUGCGUAAGGUUCUGAACAAAAGGUCCAUAGCAAAAGGUAUUGUGAGUUCAAUUUUUAUGUGUGGAUGUUGUUGACGCAGUUGUAGUAAUAACAAAAAUUUUCUUCAUGCAUGUAGGCCUAAUUAACAUAAUAUGACCUGUAUUCUUCAGAAGAUAAACUGGAACGUCGUGGUACCGCUUAUGACGUGCAAGCAGCGCUAUCUGCCUCCUCAGUUGAAGUGAAAAGUGCCAUGAAAGAUGCUGUCACCACCAGCAUACAGGAGUACAAGAAAAUCAUGGAUUUCUUUGCAUCACGUUUAAAGAUAUUGUUCCAAAAAGCGAACUUUAAAGGAAGUAAGAUUUACAGCUAUUUUGAUAUGUGACCUUGUUUAUUGAGUGAAAUACAGUAUUGUGGAUUUCACUGGACACUGUUGUAUAACAGGUGGUUAUAAACCAGCUGUGAUCAGAGUGAGAAAAUCUUUAUUAUUCCAUUAUACGUUGUAACCUUGCAUUUGGUGUCCAAUAGUAUUGAGAGGUGUAGCUACAUUAAUUUACUUUCUUCUAUAAUUGUCAACAGUUCUGAGGUUGUCCUGCAACCCUUCCUAAAAACCUACCUACACAAUCAUUGGCAAUUUCUCAGUAUUAAUCACAUACCAUCCUAUUUGUAGAUGUGGACCAAGCAGAACAGGACAUUGAAGAACUUGCCAUUAAGGCAUCCGUAUCCUUCAUCCAGUUCUACGAUUCUUCCACUACUCUUGCCAUUGGCAAAGCCAUUAAGAGUGUCGAGGGUUUGAUGUUGAAGUUUAAUGACAUUGGAAACGAUAAUCCAGACGGUAAUUGUCACGUUAUUUGAGAACGGUCUGAUUAUACCAGAGACAGGUAUAACAGAGACUCCACCAGACGGGAAUUGGGCAACGUUUCGAGUAGUUUAACCGUCCGUCUUAAUUCUAUGAAUAAUAAUAAUAAUAUUGGGAAAAAAGACCUUUUGUAUAAUCCUAUAGAAUUGAGAAUUAAAAAUAAGUUAUAUUUUUUUAUCCUUUUCAUAGUUCUGAUUUUGGUAAAAAUUCUUCUGGAAGCAGCAGGGAUCCAUGUUUCAGAGGUGGUCUCGGAAACAAAGCAAGAAGUUGAUGGAGAAAUAAGAACAAGGAUCAUUGCUGACGCAGAGAAGAUGUUGACCGAUUAUCAAACCAUCGAGGGCAUUAUAAAGAAACAUGGCGUGUAAAUCGUGAUGUUGAAUAAAGUAUCUUUGUUGUUCCUUUGGG